AUGGCUUCCUCUUCCUCCUCCGCCUCCUCGUCCUCAUCCUCCUCUUCCGCAUCCUCCUCUCCACCUCCCCCAAGCUCAAAACCACAACUGAAACGCAAACGAUCUAAACCUAGCCCUGAAGCCGACUCCGAUUCCGACUCUGACUCUGACGGUGAAUCUCAAGCCGACGACGAUGAGGCCGAGGCAAACGAAGAUGAAGACGAAGAGCCCGUGCUCUCCCAUGCUGCCAAACGCAAACAAAAGAAACAGCUGAAAAUUGACCCUUCUUCCGCUGCUCCUCCCUCCCCCUCCUCCCCCUCCAAACCCACAACCACCACCGCGACGCCCGCAAAGAAGCAGAAAACCGCCGACAAGGAGGGACCCCCAAAGCGUCAAAAUUCGGUAUGGGUGGGCAAUCUGUCGUUCAAGACGACUGAGGAUGCCUUGAAGCGGUUUUUUGGGGGCGCUGGGGAAGUUACGAGGGUGCAUAUGCCGGUGAAGGCUGUGGGGCCGCAGAAGGGGAAGUUUGGGAUGAAGGAGAACCGAGGGUUCGCAUAUGUCGAUUUUACGACGGAGGAGGCGAAGAAGAACGCUAUCCUCAUGAGCGAAGGCCAUCUCGACGGUCGAAAACUGCUCAUCAAAGACGGCGACGACUUCACCGGCCGACCUGCCGCCCCCGCCGCAACCAGCACCACCGAAAACGACAACUCCUCCCAUUCCAAAGUAGCACAAAAAAUAUUGGCCGUGCAGACGCAGCCUCCUGCUCCUACUCUUUUCUUUGGAAACCUGGGUUUCGAGACUACGCAAGAGUCCUUACGUGGGUUCCUGGAAGCUCAUAGGAAAACUAAACCCGAGGCGGAGACUGGGACAAAGACGGGCACAGGGACAGGGGCGGAUGGAACUGCCGAGGCUGGGGCAGUGGAAGGUGGUGCAGAGAAAGAGAAGAAGGACGCGUGGAUACGCAAGGUACGGAUGGGGACAUUCGAGGAUAGUGGUCUCUGCAAGGGAUGGGCCUUCGUCGAUUUCACGAGCAUAGAGCACGCCACCACCGCUCUCACCAAUCCACGGAACCACCACAUGGACGGCCGAAAGCUCAAAGUCGAAUAUGCCUCCGCGGACGCUGUACGACGUGGCGGUGGACCGGGCCCACGACCUGAGCGGAGCAAGUAUAACAGAGAAAAUGGGAGGGACGACGCUCGCGGUGACCGUGACCAGCGACGCGGACCGAGAACUUCAGUCACCGAUGCUGAUGCUGGUGGAGACUCGGUUAUGGAAGAUGGGACGGGUGAUGGUGAUGCCGCUGUUGGUGCUGGUGUUGGAGGUGAGGAAAGCCCACCCAAACGCAAGGAAGAACGCGUGAGGCUAGACAGGAAGGGAAAGCCGCGUACGAAGCCUGGGGCUGCGUUGGCGGCGGCGCAGAGGGAGCAGGCGGCGAUCGUGCCCAGUCUGGGGAAGAAGAUCACUUUCGAUUGA